AUGACCGAGGAGGGCACUGGAGCACAAGUGGGGAGCGGGAGGCCGGCGGUGCAGACCCCGCUGGACGAGGAGAGGGCAGAAGACGAUGGAUCUGUCCGUGAUGCUGAAAGGAUGGCUGUCCUCGCAGCAGCCAGCCUGUCUCGGGGAGCUGUCCACUUCGCCGCGGCGCUGGGCGCCCUCCACUACCUGGCACUUUUCCUGCAACUCGGCGGCGCCACGCGGCCCGCCGGCCACGCGCCCUGGGACAACCACGUCUCUGGCCACGCACUGUUCACAGAGACACCCCACGACAUGACAGCGCGGACCGGCGAGGACGUGGAGAUGGCCUGUUCCUUCCGAGGCAGCGGCUCCCCGUCCUAUUCUCUGGAGAUCCAGUGGUGGUACGUGCGGAGCCACCGGGACUGGGCUGACAAGCAGGCCUGGGCCUCCAACCAGCUGAAAGCUUCUCCACAGGAAGACGCAGGAAAGGCCGCCACCAAAAUAAGUGUGGUCAAGGUGGUCGGCAGCAACAUCUCCCACAAGCUGCGGCUGUCCCGGGUGAAGCCCACGGACGAGGGCACCUACGAGUGCCGGGUCAUCGACUUCAGCGACGGCAAGGCCCGGCACCACAAGGUCAAGGCCUACCUGCGGGUGCAGCCCGGCGAGAACUCGGUCCUGCACCUGCCCGAGGCGCCCCCCGCCGCGCCCGCCCCGCCGCCCCCGAAGCCGGGCAAGGAGCUGCGCAAGCGCUCGGUGGACCAGGAGGCCUGCAGCCUCUAG